GGCAUGAGGUUCAGGAAGUCGGUGCUCGACGGCGAGGGGAUGCGCUUCAAGAAGUUGAUGGCCAACCAAUUGAGUCGAUUGCGAAAGUAUAAGUACAUCCCGUGGGAGUCAAGCCCUGUGGAGGAGCGCAGGGAUUCAGACGGCGGCACAUCUAGCGAUAUACUCGAAGGUGAAGGCAUGCGAUUUAAGAGAAACUACCAAGAUGAUGUUGAUAGUGGUGAUAGUAGCGGCGAGAUUGAGCCCGGUAGUAUUAGCGACGGCCUGGGUGAGCUAGGUGGCAGUAGGCGUAGGCUGACCGGUAGCCGGUAUUCCCAUAGGCGCAAUGAUCAUAACGUGAAUCACCAUAAUUAUAAUGGUUACGCCCCCACAGGCCAUAAGGUAUAUAAAAGAUUAUCACAAAUAUUCAAAACGUCGAGAAAACUCAACUAAACAUGAUCAACAAAACAAUGGUCCCCGAUGCUAAUCAUAAUGAACAUGUUGACAUUUAUUUAUUUAAAUCACAAUUUAUUUAAACCCAAUUAAUAUCUAACUGUUUAGUAAAUACAAAAAAACAAAUGUUUUUAUUAAUGUAUUAUAUAUUUAAUGGGAAAAAUAAAUCAAUGAAUAAAGCAAUCAAUGAAUUCACGAAUUCAUACCACAAAAAAUGAAACAAAAAAAUAAAUUUACAAUUAAUUAAAAAAUAGUAAACAUUUUUAAAAUUAAUUAAUUGAGCAAU